AUGUUCGGUCUAUCAUUAAUGUACGAUCAAGCUUUCGACUUAGCCAAAGAAAGAACUGCGGCGCAGAUCUCCCGACGGGCAUGGCUCAAAAUUGACCUCCGCAUCACUUUGAUGCUUUGCGGUGUGUACUUCCUUCAAUUUUUGGAUAAGUCUCUUCUCAACUAUUCAGCAGUGAUGGGCAUUAAAAGUUACUUGAAGCCUCACUCCAAUGAGUUUUCGAAUUUGGGAACAAUUUUAUUUAUUGCGUAUUUGGUUGGUGAACCAAUCAAUGUGUACUUGUUCCAGAAAGUACCACCGGUAAAACUCAUGGCUGCAUGUGUAUUUUGCUGGGGUGUAGUGGUUAUUGGACAUGCUUUUGCUAAAGAUUACUCUUCGCUCAUGGCUGUUCGUUUCUUGCUUGGUCUUUUUGAGUCUUGUGUCGCACCAGGUUGUACUUUGGUGACGGGAAUGUGGUACAAUCAGGCACAGCAACUCCGUAGAACAUGUUGGUGGACCUGUCAAGCUGGUGUUGCAACAAUUAUUGGUGGUCUUUUAUCCUUUGCGUUCCAGCACGUCCACAAUAAGACAUUCCAAGGAUGGCAGAUGUUCUGCUUGGUGAUGGGCAUAAUUACGGUGUUGUGGUCAAUCCUAAUGGUGUUCCUUAUGCCCAAUUCGCCUGUAGUCGCCAACUUCUUGACGGAAGAGGAGAAAGCAGCUGUCGUUGAAAACAUCCGUGUUCAACAGACCGGUACAGCCUCUACGGAAUUCAAGUGGUCUCACUUGAAAGAACUUCUCUUGCAAGAUAAACUCACAUGGCUUAUGUUAGUCUUGACCCUCCUACUGAUGAUCCCUACUGGUGCAGUGUUGACAUUCUCCGUCACAAUGAUUGCAAACAUCGGAUUUUCAACUAAAAAUGCUGCACUCAUGCAAAUGCCGCUCGGUGUAUCUACAGUCUGGGCUAUUGCAAUGGGAACUUACUUGUGUGCUUACUUCAAAGGAAAGCACAGAAACCUCAUCUUUAUCUCUAUGCUUAUUCCAGCCAUCAUCGGUUACAUCGUCUUGAUCACUAGCAAGAACAAAAUUGGUCAGCUCUUAUCUGUGUACCUCAUCAAUGUUGGUACCUGUGUUAUCACCAUGAUUUACUCUUGGAACCUGGCCAACACCGCUGGAUACACCAAAAGAGUUGCACGGACCUGUUUGACAAUGGCGUUUUUCUCAGCAGGAGCAUUGAUUGGCCCACAGUUGUUCCGUGUAUCGGAUGCUCCACGAUACAUAAGAGCGAAAACGGCCUUGCUUGCGAUCACUGUUGCUUGUAUCCCUCUCGUCCUCCUAAUUUCUUACGUCUCUCAUUUGGAAAACAAGAAGAGAGACAAUAUGGACGAGAAAGUCAAGGACCAAUGGUUGGAGGAUAAAGGAGACAACUACGAGUUCAUGGACUUGACAGACCGCGAGAACAUCAUGUUCCGGUAUUCCUUCUAA